GCUCUGGAUCAAAGGCUCGUUUGGCUCUCCAGUUGUACGGUCCUGUACUGAGCGCAGUCUGCUCACGGUCUCUACGGACGCUCCUCUGUGUGGAUACCGUAGCCCGUUUCUUUUCCCCCUCUUUGGAUUAUAUUCUUCUGAUGGUUUUCAACUCCAACUCGAUGCAUAGAAAUGGGUAAACUGCACUCGAAACAUGCCGCUAUUUGUAAACCGAGGGAGAGCCCAGAAGGCGACAGUUUUGUAGUCAAUGCCUGUUUGGCGAGAAAGGGAAUCGAUGACUGGCUCGUGAAGCAGAAAUACUAUUGCACGAGCUCUCGCCUCGACCAACGGGACUGUCACCACAAGAAUAACUGCGGUUUGACUACACGGGAAUCCAUGGAUGAAGCAUGUGCAGAGGGGAUUGGUGAUGAACACUACCGUUUAGAAGUGGCUUUACCCCCAGAGAAGACAGACAGCUGCUGUGUGGAGGAGAAGAUGCAGGAGAGGGAUAGCCAAUCUCCCGCAGGGCCACAGAAACAGCUCCAGUUUGAAGAGUUGGAGUGUGCUGUGUCUGUGGAGGAGGAUAACAGGCAGGAGUGGACCUUCACCCUCUACGAUUUUGACAACAAUGGCAAAGUCACCAGAGAGGAUAUCACCAGCCUGCUCCACACCAUCUAUGAGGUCGUGGACGCCUCCGUCAACCAUUCUCCCAGCAGCAGCAAGACAUUGCGGGUCAAGCUCUCUGUGGCUCCCGACUCCAGCCAGCGGUGGAGGAGUUGCACACAGGGGGCGGCAGACAUGUCCCACCCCAGAGAGAAAAAUGACAAGUGCAUAGAAGACCCCAAGAGUGCAGACAAGAAGACUCGAGCUCUCCUAAGGCGCCACCACAGUGACCACCACACCCAGCCGGGCUGCCAGCGCCACUGUGUGGAUGAGAACCUGGAACGCAGGAACCACUACUUGGACCUGGCAGGCAUCGAAAACUACACAUCCCGCUUCGGAGCUGCCCCCACCACGGAGCCGACGAAGGCAGAACCUCAGACGCGGCUGUCCAACCAGACUCGCUCUCGCUCCCAUGAACCAGAAAAUGGCCACUCCCACCCCCACCACCGCCGCUUGCAAACUGUUGUGGACAGUGUUGGUCCGGACAGCCUCCACCCUGCCCGUAUGCGAGGCCAAGACUCAGGGAAACAUGCCCUCCGCUCUCCUAAGACCCACAGUCGGACACCUCCUGCGCAGAUCAGUGGCAGGGUGAUGAGAAGCCGUGGUGUCCCUCCUCCCCCAGCGCUACCCAGCCAGACUCCCCCUCACCAGUCCACAGCCCCUUACCGCAAGCACAAGCAGCGGUCCAAGGAGAGCCAGGGCUACAGGGCCUUGGGCUCUCUGGCUGCUCCAGGACCAGUGGUGGAGAAGGAGCAGGUGAGAGACCUGCCCAGCGUGCUCCUCUACGAGGGGGGGCUGGCACAAGUGGUGCAGCGACAUGAGCAUCACCACCACCAUGAACACCAUCACCACUACCACCACUUUUACCAGUCCUGAAUUUCCACCCUGCCUGGGACAGCUCAGCACUCCUGCAGCCUCACAAAACCCAGCCAGGCCAGCAGACGCUGACUGCAGUUAGCCAGGCUACCCUAUAUCGUGCAGUGGCUUUGUAGUGGACAUAGGACAUGGGCUGGACAGGAGGAUUAUGGGAGUCGUGUCCCAGUGCUGAGUUUAUAAAUCAGUGUUAUAAAGAAGUUGGUGGGACAAACAAAAGCAUAUGGGUAUGCAGCAGGACAGUGAAUCAGGGCCACAGUACGGCCAGGACUGAGGAUCACGGCUAGGGCUAGAGAGGAGGCACAGUGGGGCAAUCCAAUAAACACCCCAGAAGUUCCUCUCCUCCUGACACUGUAAUCCUCGACCUGAUGAACUCUACGACUCCAAACCAGCACCACAACCUUUCCAGACCACUAAGCCAAAAUGUUUUUAGGGAAAUGGAGGAACCAGAGGAAGAAAGACUGUGACGUAAAGAUGAAAAUAUAUGAAGGAAUAUAGGUAAAAGGAGAGCAGGGCAUAGUGUGUGUGAGUGUGUGUGUGUGUGUGUGUGUGUGUGUGUGUGUGUGUGUGUGUGUGCGCGCGCGCGCGAGUGUCACGACACUGGUGUCUGUUAAAAACCACUUGAAGUGCGCUCAUGGGUGCGUGAGUAUUUAAAGCAGGCUGUCAGGCAGGUUUUUGAAGAUGAAAAUGAAGAUUCUGAUUCAAGCAUGCAAUACCCCGUAAGCAAAAAUGGGAAGGAAAAUGUUGAAAUGUUGUAAAGGUAAAAAAAAAGAAAAGAAAAAGAACAGAGAUCCCAAAUCUGCUGCUACCUCUAAUUUUAUCCUAAUUGUUGUUGUAAUGACUAAGCAUUCAGAGGUUAUUUUCAAAUUACUUCGAAAACUUUUUUGAAAGCAGAGCAAUUGUGUGGCAAUCUGCAGUAUUGAAGUGUCGAAAAGCUCCUUACUUUUAUUAACUAACAUUUACUGUACAUAGGGUAUAUAUUGUUAUCAAUUUUAUAAGCUUUAUUGAUAAUGUGAUAUCUUUGUAUUCACCAUCUGAAGCUUUUAUGUUUGUUUACCUUCUCAACAGCAUUUUAUUUUAUUUUUUUAAGACCACUAGCAGCCUCAUUUGGACUAGAAAAUGUACAGCUGUAUUACCGUGUCACACUCUCUCUCAUUCUCUCUCUGUUCCAACUGUCUCAACACGUGAUUAGAUGCGUGACUGGAAUCCUGAAUGACUGAAAUCCCAACUCUGGACAGUGCUGCGCAGUAGCUCGACCUCGCGUCACAUACACACAUUUUAUAGAGCGCAUGCUUGACUGUCCUCCCUGCUGAUAUCGCGCAAACAUCCAACAAACAAGGAAUUAUUUUUAUAUACGUGGCUGUAUUUAUAACAGAAAUCACUAUACAUCCAUUGUAAAGCUCUUGUCUUGUUCCUGGAGGCCAGUCGGACAUGUCCUCAGUCCCAUGAAACACCUAAAAGCAAAACUAGAGAUGGUGUGAUCUUGACAUCAGUGCAAGAGAAUUCUCCAGUCCAGGCUCUGGCUCGGGCAUAUUAGCAUAAAUUGAAACCCUGUUACAUCCAGCCAGUUAGAGGUUGGUGUAUUCAUUCAUCAGUAUGGAGGUUGUGCCUUUAAGGAGUUUUUUUAACAGUUUUUUAUGCAGGGAACUGUUUUGCUGAGCUUGCGUGUCAUUUUUCACCUAGGUCCAAGCAGUUAUACAUAAUUCACACCUGGGAGUUGCCCAGCACCGUGGUUUACUUUUUGGACAUUAAUUUUCUGACUUGCAGGCUGGCACUUUCCCUAACUCGUAGCAGCUCCGUUGUCCAACCCCUGGCGCUGGCUGGGGUCACACGGCUGCUCCCUCUGUUUCCAUGGCAUCUUCUUGUCCCCCAGCUGUCAGCAGGUCUUUCACCGUGCCGCCAUGUGGCCUCAGAGCUCAGCCAACUGCUGCUCUCCUGCCAGCAUCAGGGACCGUCUGUUCAUCCUAUCUCAUGAUGCUCUAUGGGCGCGGCCAUAAACAUGCAGAUGCAUGUUCCAGGAUAGUUAGUUAGGUUUUAUCCCAGGUGUUCUUGGUUGGCUUUCUUUUUAGCAAUUCCCAGCAUCACAUUUAUAAAUGAACUUAUAAACCUUAUACAUCCACAGUCUUUUGUUAAGGUUUAGGUGUUGUGCUCAAGGGAAGCCUUAUCCAUCCAGAGAAACUGGUAGUUGUUGUGGUUACUAUAUCCGCCAAGCUUGAUUUGUUAGUCUGCCAUAAGCGUGUGCAUGUGUUUGUGAAGAGCAAGAAUGCAGUGUAUGCCAGUCUUGCGCUCAGCCCUGCAGUGCCCUCUCACAGCUGCAGGCCGUCCUUUAGCAGAGGCACCAGUCAGACGGGUCAUCUCACGGGACCUGGCGGUGGAAACGGAGUCAUUCCCUGAGGGGGAUCACAGCUGCGCUCCAUACCACAGCUUCCUCACCUCACACCGCUUUUCUCAGACAACAAGUCCUUGCUGCUGGAGCCUUCAUAACACUGUAACUCCUCUGUCAAUGGUUUCCCCUCACCCGAAACAGUGUUGAUACCAGCGUGACUCUCCAAAUAUAAGUAGUAUGUAAAUGGUCUGGUUGUGUGAACGGACAGCAUGGAGGCGACUGUUCGUCUUGCAGGGUGGUCCGAUUGGACAUGGUGAGCCUGAGCUUCUGAAGGAAUUUGGGCGGUAGGCUCGGUCAGAUCCAUAGCCAGGUUGUAAUUUUUUAACUUCUUUUACCCGGACAGAGUUUUACUGAACAGGCAGAACUCCUCUUUUUUUAAAAUCCUGCUUUACAUUCGUAAAAUUACCUGACCUCGUACUAUCUGCCCAGUACAAACACACUUCCUUACUUUUGACUUCAAAGCAGCAUCACUGGAGCAACCGGAGGUGAUAUGCUUUGCUCGAGAGCACCACAGCACUAUUCGUUGAGAGUUGGGAAAGCAGUUUUUAUAUAUAAUGUAUAUGUGUGUGUGUGUGUGUGUGUGUGUGUGUAU